UCCUUGUAAGUUUUUCCACAUAAAAGGCAACUGCAGACGAGACGUCUGCAUGUUUUCCCAUGACCCGCUGACUGACUUCACAAGAAAGCUUUUGGAUGAUUUUAUACAGCGGGAAAAUGAACUCAGAAAGAAAACAGAAGAGGCUUUAAGUCAGACUGAAAAUGUGUCUGUAGGAGUUGAGAAAAACACAACUGUGGACAUUGUCAUACCAAUGGGCAGGCCGAGUUUUUACCAAAGUUCAGAAACAGCUGUUGACAAGGACACUUCGAUGCCAAACGAGGAACAACAAGCUAAUGUAACAGAAGAUGACAAUAUACCACAAACUGAAAAUUAUGUAGAGCAGAAAGACUCUUUACCCUCUGCUUUGGACCAACCAGGACCUGUGUGCUACUCUGUGGAAGCCAUCCUCGGACCCAAAAUUUUCAAACCAUGCCUUUACACUGCCCCAAUUCAAGAACUAUAUGAUCCAAAAAUGAGCGAUAACAGCUCUUCAGAUUUGAUCAACUCUUCUUACUCCGUCGCCAAUGUUAACUCUGCUACAACUGCAUCCAUAGCCCAAGCAGCAGUAGAAUUAUCUGAAUCAAAAGAUAAGGAAACUAGCUUAAUAUUAGAUGAUAAAUACAGUGUUUUACCAAGCAUACAGGCAAAAACGUUCAGGAAACCAUCUUGUCAGGACUCGACAACAUCUGUAUAUUACAACAAACCAUGUGAAAAAAGUAAUUUGAAACAAGUUUUUUGUAGUGCAGAAAUGGAAUGUGAACUGUUACAGGCAAAAGGAGAAUUGACAGCAAUAUCUAACAAACCAAAUUCAAUUUUUAAGGAUAAGAAGGUCGCUACGGACUGUAAUAGGCAAUAUAUUUCUCUAAUGGGAAGUAACUGUCCGUCUCCAAAAUAUCUGAUCCCUCAAGACAAAUUUGGAUGCGAACGUGAUUCAAAACCCACACCCUCUUUGAAAAAUAAUUACACAUGUUUAAGCAAUACUUCAUUUAAAAAACAGAUGACACUAGUUCAACAAAACCUGAAGGAAACCCACAGCGAAACAAGCCUGAAAACCCCAUCAAGUAUCCUUAAAAAUGUUGCAGAAAAUAGGAAAGAAAAUGUGGCUUCUCCCUGUAACAAAACAACAUCAAGACUAAAUGGUCUUUUUGCAAGUCUUACUCCAGAUCUGCAUAGAAUGUCAACUGCUAAUAGUAUUAGUGGCAACACAACUGUCCAAAGUGCCCCAAGAUUUGAAUCUGAUUGUGCUAGUCAAAAGGUUAGCAGUAGCAUUGGCUGCAGUAGUAAAAACAAAAGGGAAAUUGAAAGUGAUACAAGUCCUCCUGCUAAGAAAUUCCAUGGUCUUUCUGCAAGUCUCACUCUAGACUCCGAUCAAUCAACUGUUAGCGAUAAAGCCAGUGAUAAACCAGCUGUACUAACCCUAAAACGUGGGAAAUCAGUUUGUGCUAGUAAAAAGAACAAUUGUGGUUCAAAUGAAGCAGUACACUCAAGUAAACCAAUGAGAACAAAUAGUAAAACAGAUAGUCAUGGUAAGAAGUUGGUCUCCACCUCUGUGACAGCCAAUUUAAAAUGUUCAAAUAAUGAGGAAGGCUUUGAAAGUACUAAGACUCCUCCUGCAAGGUCAUUUCAAAGUCUCUUUGCAAGUCUCACUCAAAACUCUGGUCAUGCAUCAACUGUUAUCAAUAGUGUUUGUUACAAACCAGCUGUACCAAGUGCCCAAAAAGUUGAAAACUCAAUUUGUGAUCGUCAGAAAGUUAAAUGUGAUUCAAGUCAAACUUUAAAGCCAAGACAGUGCACUGAGAAUACAUCUGAAAGAUCAAAGAAUAGUAUCCAUAGUAACUAUAUGCAAGUUGAAACAAGUACAAGCAAGCAAACACCAAGUAACGGUAAUCAAGGGUUGGUCACUUCCUCUGCAACAUCAGAAUUGAAUGUUCCAAACAGAAAGGAUGACAUAAGUGCUAAGACUCCUCCUGUGAAAUCAUUUCACAGUUUUUUUGCAAGUCUCACUCCAGGCUCUGAUCAAAUGUCAGAAGACACUGAAACUCUCAAAACGCUUCCUGCCAAGUCAUUUCAAAGUCUUUUUGCAAGUCUCAUGCCAGCUGAUAACAAAAGUGCCAGUGACAACACAGAUGCAUUAAGUGCCCACAAUGUUGAAAAAUCCAAAUGUCAAAACAGUGAUUCAAAUCAAGUCAAGUCUACGGCAAAGCAAAAUAAAUUUACUCAGAAUUCAUCAGAAAGCAGAAAUAAUCAGAGUAGUAGCAGUUAUGGAGAGGUGAGUUUGGUAAAUGAAAGUACUAAAACUAAUGCACAAAAGUUGAAUUGCCCCUCUGCAAUGUCCAAUUUAAAAAGUAAAAAUGACCCUGACAGAGCUAAAACUCCCCCUAGCAAGUCACUCCAAUAUAUUUUAGAUGUGGAUCAGACAUCUACUGUUCAACCUCAAAAACUUGAAAAAUCCAUCUCUGAUAAUACAAAAGUUGAAUGUGAUGCAAGUGAAGCAACAAAGCAAAGUCAAUGUAGUGAAAGUAGCAGUAGCAAGGCAGCAGGAAGGAUAGAAACUUUAAAUAACUGUCAGAAUCCAGUCUCCUCUUCUGCCAUGUCAAAAGGGGAAAACCCAGAAACUGAAAGUGCCAAAUUAUUUCACAAUAUUUCCCCUCUUGAUCAAUCUUCAGUGACAAAUGAUUCAAAGGUGCCUUGUUUGACCGACCUACCCCAGUCUAUGGAUGGUAAACUAUCACAUAAGAGACAGUACAUUGCAUCUAAUACUGGAAAUAAACAGACUGAAGAAAGUAAAAAUGAACCUAGAAAGAAAUGUGCAACAACUAACUUAUCCAAUGUGUCUAAUACAGCACCAGCAAGUCCCCAGCAAAAUAACAACGGACUUCCUAAUUCAAUUUUGAGGACACUUUUUCAGCAGUUGCAACCGUACGAGCAGCAAGAACAUCAAGUCUGUGUUAAAGGCAGUAUCCAUUCAGGUUAACUCAGUAUUUUUCUGAAAUGAAAUUAAACAUUUUCUGUUAGAUGAAUAAAUUGUGAACAAGUAAAUUAAGUCCAUUUUAUU